AUGAGUGCCCCCUACACUACCCUCUCUUCUAUUCCUAAAACACCAAGUGGCUGCCUCGCUGCUGCUGCUGCUGCUGCUGCUGCCGCCGCUGCCACUGCCCACACCACAGCAAGAAGCCGACCAAACAGCCCUGGCUGGCCCUGCCCUGCGACCCUUGAGGCGUCUCAAAAAACAACUUCUGAGGCGCCUCAAAAAACAGCCCUGGCUGGCCCUGCCCUGCGACCACCCCUGCUGCUCUCUACUCCACACCUUUCUUGUUCAAAACCUUCUCACCACAGCUUCUCCUCUUUCUCUCCUUUCUUCUUCGCCGUUCUCUCUCCCUCUCUACUCCUCGAUUCCACCCUCCACCACCCCUCCGUCUCUCCCAGGAAUACGGGGUGGCUGCCCAUGCCCACGCUGCCCAUCACAGAGAAGCUGGCCUUCCCGGCUCGCCUGGCCAUGCCUGCCUGCCUGCCCACGCUGACCAUCACAGAGAAGCUGCCCUUCCUGGUAAAUCUUCAGUCGACUCUAAAUCCACCCCUUCCCCCUUUCUUCUUUGCCGCUCUCUCCCUCCACCACUCCUCCAUCCUUUUCUCCCUCUCCCCCAGGGACACGGGGUGGCUGCCCCCGUUAACCACAGCAGAGAAGGUGGCGUUCCCUCUGGCGGCGGUGACGCUGCUGCUGCUCUCACUCACCCUCUCCUGCAUCAUGGCCUCGGCUCUAGGGCUCGACAUCUCCGCACUCCAGGUGAACUUUGAGGCCCCUCCUCUUCUGAGACGUCUCAAGCCCCGGCUCACAGCGGCAGUGGAGGGGGUGGAUGCGGGGGUGAGGCGGCAGGCGCAGCGGGUGCUGUCUCUGCGGCGCCACGGCACGCUGCUGCUCACCACUCUGCUGCUCGCCUCCACCACACUCAACGUCGCCUUCACCAUCUUCUCCACUGUCGACUCAAAGAUCGACUUAUCACACACUGCCUGCUUGCCUAUCCUUGCCCUCUCCACGCCCUCUCUAGUUUUUCUCCUCUUCCUCUGCUCUUCAUCUGCUCUUCCUCUGCUCUUCCUCUGCUCUUCCUCUGCUCUUCCUCUGCUCUUCCUCUGCUCUUCAUCUGCUCUUCCUCUGCUCUUCCUCUGCUCUUCCUCUGCUCUUCAUCUUCUCUUCCUCUGCUCUUCCUCUGCUCUUCAUCUGCUCUUCCUCUGCUCUUCCUCUGCUCUUCCUCUCCUCUUCCUCUGCUCUUCCCCUGCUCUUCAUCUGCUCUUCAUCUGCUCUUCCUCUGCUCUUCCUCUGCUCUUCCUCUGCUCUUCAUCUGCUCUUCAUCUGCUCUUCCUCUGCUCUUUCUCUCCUCUUCCUCUGCUCUUCAUCUGCUCUUCCUCUGCUCUUCCUCUCCUCUUCCUCUGCUCUUCCUCUGCUCUUCAUCUGCUCUUCAUCUGCUCUUCCUCUGCUCUUCCUCUGCUCUUCCUCUGCUCUUCCUCUGCUCUUCAUCUGUUCUUCAUCUGUUCUUCCUCUGCUCUUCCUCUGCUCUUCCUCUGCUCUUCCUCUGCUCUUCCUCUGCUCUUCCUCUGCUCUUCCUCUGCUCUUCAUCUGCUCUCCAUCUGCAUUUUUUCUGCUUCCCCUCUCUCCGCCUCUCCCUCCCUUCUCCCCCACCCCACCACAGCCAUUCUAGGAAUGCUGUUCGGAUUCCUCUUCUCCUUCCUCGCGCUCCUACUCCUCGUGGAGCUCUUGCCCCCCUCUCUCUGCGCCCCACGCCCCCUCCACGUCGCCUCCGCCACCUCAUGGCUCUCCCACCUCCUCCUCUUCCUCUUCCUCCCCAUCUCGCUCCCCCUCACCGGCGCUCUGAAUUGCUGCUUGGGGAAAGGGGAGGCUGCAGCGCAGGGGGGGGGGAGAGGGAGGAGGAGGGGAAGGGCGGGGAAGUUGCGGAGGAAGGGAGGGGAGAUGGGGGAGGAGGAUGGGGAGGAUGAGAGGGUGAUGGAAGGGCUUCUGUGCAGUGGUCCUAUGUGCACCAACCGAUUCUGCAUGAAGCACACAGGGGAAGAUAUCCGCAACGACCUGGGCAGUGACAGAGACGCGCUCAUGUCCCCGGCAUGUGUGCCUGGAGGGUGCAUGGGCCCAAGAGACGGAGACGGGGGGUUCCUGGCCCACCACCCCCGCUUCUCCUCACGCACUGCUGCUGUGGGGGCAGCAGCAGCAGCAGCAAAGCAGUGGGGCAAAAGGGGGAGUGAUGGGAGGGGGGUUAGGAGGGGAGAAGGGAGCGGAGAGAGGGGACAGGCGCUGCCGCCUAUUGGGAGCAUGCCCAUAGGAGCACGGCACACGCCCCUGAAGCCCUCUCCUGCUGCUCUUGCUGCUGCUCUCGCCGCCGCCAGUGCUCCUCCUCCUCCCCCUCUGACAACAACAGAACAGAUAGCAGCAGCAACAGCAGCAGGGGGAGGGGCAGCAGCAGGAGCAAAUGCAGAAACAACAGGUGCAGAUGGGGGACCAGGUGCAGAUGGGGGACCAGGUGCAGAUGGGGGACCAGGUGCAGAUGGGGGACCAGGUGCAGAUGGGGGACCAGGUGCAGAUGGGGGACCAGGUGCAGAUGGGGGACCAGGUGCAGAUGGGGGACCAGGUGCAGAUGGGGGACCAGCAGGAGAAGCAGCACCAGCAGUAGGCACAGUUGCCGCUGCUGCAUCUGCAGCAGCACUAGUUAAUCUUGGAAGCAGAGCAGGCAAUAUGGUGGAGGGUGACUGGAAUGGGCAGGUCGAAGCGGGUUCUGCAGCACCAAUGAGGGAGGGGCAGGGCACUGCUUGUUGUGCUGCUGGGGAAGGGAAAGGGAGUGGGGAUAAGGAUGGGGUUGGGAGUAGUGAUGCGAAACCGAAUGAUGGUUCAAGGGUUCCGGAAGGAGGAGAGGGGAGAGAUAGCAUCGAGAAGGGGAAUGCUGAGCAUUUUGUUGCGGCGGAGGUCAAGCAGGAGAAGGCGGAAGAAGGGGAUGAGGGCCAGGAGGAAGAGGAGUACUCAGAGGGUGGGGAAGAGGAGGAAGAGGGAGAGCAGGAGUGGUUUGAUGCUCCUGAGGCGUUGAUUCUAUCCAAUUCCUCCUCUCUUUCCACCAAUGCCCCCAUGUUCACCCCUCCCUUGGCCGCCUCUCCUGCACCGUCCGGGUCUCCUGCUGGUGGUUCGUCACCUGCGCGGCAUGUGCUUGGUAUCAGAGCAGCUGCGAGGCUGCUCGGGUCUUCACCCCUUGCUUUAGCAGUGCAUGCACCGGCGGCGGCAGCACCAGCAGGAGUGGGAGAAGUGGGAGGAGGCAGUGGAGGUGAAGGAGGAAGGGGAGAAGAAGAAUCAGGAGUAGCAGCAGCAGCAGCAGCGGGAUCUGUCCUUGGAAUAUUACCGGUAGGUCCCCGAGCAUCUAAAUCCGAUGCUUCCGACUUGCCUCUGUGCUUUGACGAAUUGGAGGAGUUGGAACGGGAGGGGGAGGGAGGGGAGCGUUUUCACAAGCUAAGAGCCUGGUGGGAUGCUACUGGAAUGCGGGGUCGAGGGUCGGAAGGAGGGACGAGAGAGGAUGGGAUUGGGGCGGCGGGAUCAGGAUCAGGUGGGGGGGUUGGUGGGAGUGGUGGUGAUGGUGGUUCUACGAGGGGUUUCGCUCCUGUGUUUGGUGGUUCUGCUCGGUCUGCUUCGCCUGUGGCUUCGGCAGCAGCAGCAGCACUAGCAGCAGGUGUUGGCGGUGCUGGUGGUGGUGUGGGCGGAGCAGCCGCAGGAGGAAGGAUAGGAGGAGGAGGAGCAGGAGGAGGAGGAGGAGGAGGAGGAGCAGGAGGAGGAGCAGGGGGAGGAGGAGGAGGGGGUAGAGGGAACGCGGGGGAGUUCCGAGCGUUUUCUUUGCCUCGAGUGAUGCCAUCUGCAGUCCCUUGUCUGGGAGGAGUUGCAGGCAGUGCCAGCAGUGCUGCCACCAGGAGUGCCGCUGCUGCUCCUGCUCCUUCUGCUGCUCCUGCUCCUGCUGUGCGGCAGCUGAGUGGGUUGGAAGCGAAGGCGCAGCUACAAGCGAGGCUGUUGGGGCUGAAGAACAAAACCUACCAGAGCCUACCCUCGCGUACCUGGGAUGUGGUGGAUGGUUCCUCAGGCACCAAAGCUCCUCCGUCUGCUGCUUCUGCUGCUGCUGCUGCUGCUGCUGCUGCUGCUGCUGCUGCUGCUGCUGCUGCUGCUGCUGCUGCUGCUGUGGCUGGUUGUGGUGCUGGUGCUGCUCCUGGUGCGGAUGAUGCUGCUGCUGCUGCUGCUACUGGUGGUGGUGCUGCUGCUGUUGCUGUUUCUGGCGAUCGUACCGCUGCUGCAGCUAGAUUUCCCACAGGUGGUAGUUGCAACAGUAGACACGAGCGCGAGGAUGUGAAUGGAAAUGGUGGGCGAGGGGAUGCGGGCAUGGAAGGGGGGCAGGCUGUUGCAGCAGGAGGAAGAGCAGGAGGGGAAGGAGGAGGGGGAGGAGGAGGGGGAGGAGGAGGGGGAGGAGGGGAAGGAGGAGGAGGAGGAGGGGGAGGAGGGGAAGGAGGAGGGGAAGGAUGGCGAGGAGGAUUCAGGAGACAAGGAGAUCAAAGCGGGGAGGUGGCAAGGAGAGCAGGGGAUUCGCUGCGUAGUUAUGAGGAGGAGGGGGAGAGCGAGGGGACGGACAGGGAGGAGGGAAGCAGCCAGAGGUUGCUGCGAAGGGCGUUGACCAUCACAGCCAGGCGCAGAGCAGCAGGAGCGGCGGCAACCGCAGCAGCAGCGGGUGCUGAGGCUGUGUGGAGGAAGGAGAUGGAUGAGGGGGACAAGACGCGUGGGGCGGAACAAGCCGGAGGGCGAGCCGUAUAUGGCAUGGAUAGUGGUGUAGGCGAAGGUUGGAGUGGAGGAGGAAGCGGAGGAGGAAGCGGAGGAGGAAGUGGAGGAGGAAGUGGAGGAGGAGGGGAAGUGAGGCAAGGAGAAGGGUGUCAAUUCCCUUUGACUCAGCACUCUGCCUCACCUUCACUCCCUCGCCCUCCCCCUCACUCCUCGUUCCCCAGCAACCCCUCGUCUGGCCAGUCACCCCCUCCUCCUCCUCAUCACGACUUGAACCCCACUGCUGCUCGCCCUUUCUCACCUUAUGCCCUCCCUCCCUCUAAUGCCCCCUCUCCCUACCCUGCUCGUGACACCACCUCCCCUUUGCACCCACGUGACACCUCCCCUUUGCACCCACGUGACACCUCCCCUGCGCACAGGCCUUUCCAAAGCCCCUCUCCCUCCCGGCACCCCUCCUCUUCUCACCACUGCUCUAAUUCCACAGCAGCAGCAGACUCGCCCCAUCUAUUGCACUCGCUCUCUACAGGGUCCUCCUCCUCGCCCCUACACCCCUCCGCCUUCCCUCCUCCCCGCACCCUCCGCUUGAUGGCCUCCCAGGCCUCCCUCCCGUCCCACUACCACCACCCCUCGCUUGCCCUGCUCCCGCCGAAAUCCCCACUGCUUCCGGAGACUCCUGCGUCUCCUGGGUCUCCCGAAUCCCCCUCGUCCCCCCCUGCUGCGCUCUAUCAAAAAGCAGCCACCACAGGUGCGCUGCUGUGCCAUCAGCAGCAGCGGCAGCAGCAGCAGGAGCGGCAGGAGCGAAGGCAGGAGCGGCGGCAGCAGCAGCAGCAGCAGCAGCAGCAGCAGCAGCAGCAGCAGCAGCAGCAGGAGCAAGUUUCGGCUGCUCCGUCUGCCUUGUCUGCUCGGUCGCGCUAUUUGAGGCAAAUAGGAGUGGAGGCAGUGCCGCUGUCUGUGACUCCCAAGCAGCGUCCGGCUUUCCAGCAACGCAAUUCCUUCAUGCGACGGCUUGCACAUGAGGACUGGGAGGAUAGUGCCACCACCUCCGCCACAGACAGCAACGCCAACGCCAACGCCACCGCCAACGCUGCAAUCAAUACUACCACCAGUAACACCACCACUGGCACCACAGGCACCACAGGCACCACCACCACGGGCACUACAGGCACGAGCAGCAGCAGCACUGCGGGUUUCAGUUUGCCAUCCUCCCCUGCUACUGACAGCCACGCACCCUUCCCUGCCCAAGCUCAUCCCUCUCCCAACAGCCACUCUUCCCUCCUCUCCCCAAACCAAGUCUCCUUCCCGACUCCCCUGCACUCCCCCUCUCCGCUCCUCCACAGUCCCCUCUCGUCCAACAGAGCCCCAUCUCCCGCUCCAAUCAACCCCCCAAGACAGACCCCUUUCGAAUCCUCUCUCACCUCCUCCUCCUCCUCCUCUCAGCUUCCCCUCACUCCUCCCCAGCCCGGAUUCCCUGUUCGGUCGCACAUAGGUUCUUCCCCUCGUCAUGCGGAGCCGUAUUAUGGAGCUCAGCAAGUGGUGGGUGCUGGGAGAGAUGGGGGAGGGGGUUUUAGAGGGGAGGUGCGAAGGGGAAGGGGGGGGAGAAGGCUUAUGGAGGAAGAUGAGCGGGUGGAGUUGAGAAGGGGAGGGGGGGUGGACUAUGGUGGGGAGAGGGGAAGCGAGCGGGAAAUGAGGAGGGGUGGGGGUUCGUUUGGAGAGGAGGGAUGGUUGGAAAGGGAGGAGGAGGGGAGGAGAAGGGCGAGUGAGGAGGGUGGGACGAGAGGAAGAAGAGGAGGGAGGAGAUUGUUUGAGGAGGAUGGGGAUAGAGAGAGGGGAGAGGAGGCAUGGGCUAGUGAAAAGGCUACAGAGAGUGCUAGGAAGGGAAGGGAUGAGAGGGAUGGAGGGGACUCAAGGGAAUUCGGGGGAACCGAUGGAUGGAGAGAGAGAAGGGAGGGGGGAGAACGGGAACGGAGACAGGGGAGGGAUGGGAGGACGGGUUUGGAAGAAAAGGAGGGGAAAGUUGAGAGGAGAGGAAGAGAGGGGAGGAAAAGUCGGGAUGAGGUGAAAGGGAUGGAAGAAGGUGUAAGGAGGGAGGCAGAACAGGAUGCGUUGGCGUCGGCGGCGUGGGAAGGAGAGGCAUUGCAGAGAGGGCGUGGCUCUGAGGCAGCUGAUAUGUAUGAGAGGCUUGAUAGGGUUGCGAGAGUGCGUGUGGAUGGGCCGGAGGCAGCUGUAGGAGUGCGGGAGUGGGAGGGCGAAGUAAGGGGUGUGUCUGGUUUUUGGGACGACUCAAGUGGUGGUGAUGGUAGAAAGGGAGCGAGGGGGCAAGAGGAGGCACAGGAGCGAGAUAGCAGGUCUAAAGACGAGUGGGAGGGGAUGAAAAAGGGUAGAAGCGAAGAGGGACGAGAGAGAGUGGGGAGAGAGGGAAGUGGGGAGGACGUGGUGGAAAUAAGGGAGGCAGAAGAAAAUAUGACUCGAGACAAGGUUGGGUCUUGCGGUGGGAGAGAUGGGAACGCAGAAGAAGGGGACAAUGAUGAUGGUGUUGAUGGCGAUAGUGACGACGAUUCUGCUGCUGCUGAUGAUGAUGAUACUGAUGAUGAUAUUGAUGAUGAUGAUGAUGAUGAUGUUGAUAUGACGGAUGAUCUGGAUGACGAGGAGCAGCAGAACGCGUUCUCUCUUGAUCUGGACUCCGAGUCAAGAGAUCAUGGCACUGGCAGCUUCAGCACUGGCUUCGCACCGGAUGCUGCGAGCAAAGAGCGUGAUGAAGAGGAGGAUGAGGAGGAGGAUGAGGAGGAGGAGGAAGAAGACGAGGACGAAGAGGAUGGCAAGGAGAGGAGCAGGAGCCGGCCCACAGCUGCAAUGCUGGACUCCCAGGCUGCAUCUCUCAUGCACCUGGCGCUGCAUGCACAGGCUGCUAGGCAUCAGGUUGCUGCUGAAGCACCCCCUCCCGUCCACUCGCCUGCCGUCUCCCUUGACUUAUCUGCAAAGGGCUGCGGUGGAGAGCAGUUGCUUGGCAGCAGUAGCAAGGGUGGGAGCAGGGAGAGUGGCAGGGAGGGCAGUGGUGUUAUGGGCAGCAGUAACAGGAGUGGCGUUGGUGGCAAUGAUGCUGCUGCCGGUGCUGCUGCUUUUAGUGAUGCUUCAGUUGAUGAUUCUUUCGGUGCUGCUGCUGCUGCUGCUGGCGGUGGUGGUGACGCUGCUGCUGCUGGCGGUGGUGGUGACGCUGCUGUUGCUGGCGGUGGUGGUGACUCUGCUGCUGCUGGCGGUGCUAAUUCUCCUGCCCCACUGUCACGUUCCUCCACGCCUCUCCCUCUUUCUGGUCCUCCCUUUGCCGAAGCAGCGUGGCUGGAGCCAGCUUGGCCGCGAUUGAGAGAGCUGGAGGAGGGCUAUUCAGGGGAAUCGGGGCAAAGUUCAGGCGGUAGAAGGAAGGAGGGAGAUGGAGGGGAUAGGGAACGGGAAGAGAGAGGAGGUGUGGUGGAGGAGGAGAGGGGGAAGGAGGUGGGGGGAGGAAACGUAAGGGGUAUGCAGGUUGGAGGAGGAGGGAGGGAUGGGAUGGGUGGAGAGGAGGUGUGUGUGGUGGUGGUGGAUGAUGGGAUGGGGAGGAGGGAAGGCGUGGAUGGGGGCUCGCGUGUUGAAGCUGCAGCACCAACACCACCACUUGUCGACAGCAUCACCAUGGCACCUCCCUCGCAUGACAUCCAAAUCACGAUUCCCCCAUCCGACCUCCCGAAUGAAACAUCAUCACCCAUGCCGUUUCCCCACUCCUCCUCACGCCCAUCCUCCCGCUCCGCCUCGCGACCUUCCUCUCGCCGCGCCUUACGAAAUGCUGCAGUGGCAGCAGCAGCGGCAGCGGCAGCAGAAUCUACAGGGAGUUAUGGUGGGGGUGGGGGAGGAGGUGAUGACGAUGUGCAUGGGUAUGCCAGUGAGAGUGAGUCAGGAGCAGGAGCAGCAGGAGCAGCAGGAGCAGCAGGAGGGGCCGGAGGAGCAGUGGGGGAAGGGGGAGGUGAUGGAUCAGUGUUGCUGUCAGCAUCAGCAUCCAUGCCUCGCACUCCUGCCACCCCCUCCUCUCCCCUCUCCUGGGCUGGGUGGCUCUGGGGCCAGCAACAACAACAGCAGCUGCAGUGA